AAUCUGUCUCUUUCCUUUCUGAAAUGCCAGGUAUUGUAGUAGCCAGUCUUUUCUGAGUCUGAAACGUCCUGCCUGACAGGCUCACUCGCACUCACCCAUGCCUUUUCUCAGUUCCUCUCAUCUGCUCUGAGAUUCCAUCUCCUUUGACCCAGUGACAAGAACUUCUUAAGAAGCUCCACUGGGCAUGGUCCUGGGAGGGGCUCACACCCAGACAUGGAUGGACACGGGGUGUGGGCACCAUGGUGUCAGCGCUGCUGGGCAGCCUGGAUGGUUCAGGGGCCACAUCUGGAUGUCAGCUCUUUGUGGACCAGAUCAGAGAAACAACGUGUGAAAUAUAUAUGUUAAUGUGCACAGAUAUCCGGUAAAUUCUGAAAAAGGAGACCAAUAAGGGGAGAUAUUUUGUAUCUGACUUAGUAAUGCAUUUGAAGCCACAAUUUGGGGGCGGGGCCUGGGGUGAGUCAAGAGGGAGGAGGCUGCCUGGAGGCCAGUCUGGACAGCGGGACGGUGCAGGGAUGCCAGAGGUUUAUCCUGGUCUUGGGGGCGGGGCCUGAAAUGGGGUGUUGUUCUUAAGGGCGGGACCUGGCAGAGAUGCUUCGGGGCUCUUUCCUCAGCUGGGUCCCUGAUGUGGCCUGCUGUCAUCCUCUUGAUCUCCAGCACUCGAUCCCCCGGGUUCUGAUUGGUGGAUUGUUUCUGAUGUGUCGUCAUAUUACCCCUAAUAUCACAGGGAGGCUUCCUGCCCGUUUUAAGUUAGCAUUUCAAACAAUCGAAGGUAAAACAACAUUUGGUAGUGGGCCAUUUUGUACUGAACGCUGAAUCGUUUUUUCUCCGAAGUUGAAAACAGUUUUAAGGCAAGGUGCCUUUUUUGAGCAGGUAGAGUCGCGCGUCCUGCAGGCGGGGCGAGCUCCCCUCAGGCUAGGGCAGGAUGGGGUACGGGCCAGGUACCUCGGUAAAGGGGUGGAGUGGGGCACUGCUUACAAAGGGGACUGACAAUUAGAAUGGCUUGGUAAACCAAGCAAAGUCCUGGGUUGUUUGAGUGGAUAAUGAAAAUAGAAAGGUGACAUAUAAAACUGCCUAUUAUACACAGGAGGUGGAGGAAAAUUUCAUAUUUCCUGGAAAUAAAGCCAGAACUCGGGGCGGUGGGUCACACCUGUCAUCCCAGCACUUUGAGAGGCCAAGGCCGGAGGAUUGCUUGAACACAGGAGUGUGUGAUCAGCCUGAGCAACAUAGUGAGACCUCGUCUCUACUAAAAAUAAAAAAAAAUCAGACAGAUGUGGUGGUGCACACCUGUGUUCUCAGCUGCUUCGGGCACUGAGAUUGAAACAUCACUUGAGCCAGGGAGUUGGACGCUGCACUGAUCCCUGAUCUCACUAGCACACUCUAACCUGGAUGACAGAGCUGGACCCUGUCUCAAACAAACAAGCAAAUAAGUGAGAGGCAUAAUUCCUCCUUCAAAAAUAAAGUAAGAGAUUUUCUUUCCUGUAGUCUCUUUUCUUAGGACAUUUAUUUAGAAAAUGUGUAAAUGAAUUUUCUCUGUCUUCUGAAACAGCAUUUUUUUUGAGAUGGAGUUUCCCUCUUGUAGCCCACGCUGGAGUGGAAUGGCGUGAUCUCCGCUCACUGCAUCCUCCGUCUCCCGGAUUCAAGCGAUUCUCCUGCCUCAGACUCCUGAGUAGCUGGGAUAGCAGGCAUGUGCCACCAUGCCCAGUUAAUUUCGUAUUUUUAGUAGAGAAGGGUUUUUUCCAUGUUGGUCAGGCUGGCCUCAAACUAGGACCUCAGGCGAUCUGCCCGCCUCUGCCUCCCAAAGUGCUGGGAUUACAGGUGUGAGCCACCGCACUCAGACAGAAAUGGAAUUUUUUUAGAAACUAACUAAACCGUUUUUUAGCUUAAUGACCCAGGAAUGUAUUUCCAAAGGACUUGGGAGCUCUCUUUGAAAGGCAAACAACAACAGAAAUAGCACUUGUGUCUCAGUAGGAAAUUAAGUAAUUCAAACUUCAAGUGAUUCCAAUUUAAUGCUAUGGCCCUUUAAAUAAUUCUGAGCCUUAAGAGGAAUGUGGUCAUGCAACUUGAGUUCAGUGGAAUGCAGGCGCAACUUCUAAGAGUUUUUCUGUAAAUAAUUUGGAAAACUGGCCGUGAACAGUGGGUCACGCCUGUCAUCCCAUCACUUUGGGAGACUGAUUCUGUCAGAUCACGAGGUCAAGAGAUAGUGAUUAUCCUGGCCAACACGGUGAAAUCCCGUCCCUAAAAAAAAUACAAAAAUUAGCUGGGCAUGUUGGUGCCUGCCUGUAGUAUCAUCUAUUCAGGAGGCUGAGCCAUGACAAUUACUGGAACCAGGGAGUCGGAGGUUGCAGUGAGCUGAGAUUGCACCACUGCACUCCAGCCUGGAGACAGAGCGAGACUCCAUCUCAAAAUAAAUAAAUAAACAACAAUAACAAUAAAAAAAAUUAGGAAGACUACAGAGCCCCAGUGAUAAGGCCUCCUCAGAGCAUUGUCCUUUCUUAUGUAGUGAUAAAGUAACUUUCCUUGAAGUGUAUCAAAUCGUCACCAAUCAAGUUGCUGCAGCCUAUGCACUGGUCUUGAAUGGAAAAUGUGGUGAUUCUGCUAAAGCUUCUGUGUCUUUCCCUAUGUGUGUGAAACCUUAACAUCUCUACUUGGGAAUGCUGAUCCCAUUUAUUUGGAGUUGAUGUUUCCAGGUGGCUUUCUUCAAGCUCUGUGUUCACAUUAACUAUGUACUUAAUCAUAUAUUUUAAAUUUUAUUAUUUACUGCUGACGUCAGUUUCUGUCUUAUUGCAGGAGCAAUAAGACAGAAGAGAGGGCACCUGUCACCAUGUUGUAAAACUCACACUUGUCAAAAAGACAUGGGUUAGGGUUUCUUCCCCUCCCUCGGGAUGAUGCUAGUUAGCUGACACAGAUGGUCACCUCCAUUACCAAGUAGAGCCAGGAUGAACUAUGUGUGACCAAGGGUGUUGUUAAAUCUUCUUCCCUGAGGACUGAUUAGUGUUUAUCUUGAAAAUAUGUCCUUAAUGGGUUGUAUAGAACAGUGAAGUUUCUUUCUCUCUUUUCAACCUUUUAGCUAUUUGCCUCUAUUUCCCAUCACAUUCUGGUCUAAGGCUUAUUUAUUCAUAAAAUGGUUUUUAUUUCUUUCUCUGUUAUCAUCGUGGAGAUGAUUUCUCAUUUGGGAGAAGAUUUUUUAGUUUUCAAUUAUAUUUUGUCAACAUUUAAAAAGCGACGCAAAGAAUAUUUCUGUGGCAUGGCAUGGUGGCUCACGCCUGUAAUCCCAGCAGUUUGGGAGGCGAAGGCGGGUGGAUCACGAGGUCUAGAGAUCGAGACCAUCCUGGCCAACAUGGUGAAACCCCAUCUCUACUAAAAAAAUACAAAAAAAAAAAAAAACCCAAAAAGAUUAGCCAGGGGUGGUAGCGGGAGCCUGUGGUCCCAGCUACUCGGGAGGCUGAGGCAGGAGAAUGGCGUGAACCCGGGAGGCGGAGCUUGCAGUGAGCCGAGAUCGCACCGCUGCACCCCAGCCUGGGCAACAGAGUGAGACUCCGUCUCAAAAAAAAAAAAAAAAAAGAAUAUUUCUGGCCGGGCGCGGUGGCUCACGCCUGUAAUCCCAGUAUUUUGGGAGGUCGAGGCGGGCGGAUCACAAGGUCAGGAGAUGGAUACCGUCCUGGCUAACUCGAUGAAACCCCAUCUCUACUAAAAAUACAAAAAAUUAGCCAGGCAUGUUGGCUCACGCCAUAACCCCAGCACUUUGGGAGGAUGAGGCAGGCAAAUAACUUGAAGUGAGGAGUUCGAUACUGGCCUGGUCAACAUGGUCAAACCCAUCUGUACCAAAAAUACAAAAAUUAGCCUGGCAUGGUGGCGUACGCCUGUAAUGCCAGCUGCUCCUGAGGCUGAGGCAGGAGAAUCGCUUGAACCCAGGAGGCAGAGGAUGCAUUGAGUCGAGAUCUCGCCACUGCACUCCAGCCUGGGCGACAGAGAAAUACUCUGUCUCAAAAAUAAUAAUAAUAAUAAUAAUAAAAGAAAGUAAUAAAUCUCUUCCACAAAUGUGCUAGGACAACUAUCUGGAUAUCCACAUGGAAAAGAAUAACGUUGGAUCCCUAUGUCACACAAUCAAAAAUUUUAUUUGCAAAAGUUUUUUUAAAAAAGAGAGAGAGAGAAGGAAGGGAGACCUGCGGCAGUGGGUGUUAUUUUGUCGCUUAGGCUGGCUUGGAACCUGAGGCUCAGCGAUUCUCCCGCCGCCGCUUCCUCAGCCUGAGCUGGGACCUCAGGCUCCCGCCCCCACGCCUCUGCUGUCUUUAAGCAGCAGGUGGUGACCUCACUCCUCGGCCUGAGCACUCUGUCCGGCAUCCCAGGCAGUGGCUUUAGGGAAGUCUCUGAAGCUGAGCACAGGGUGGACUCUCCUUCCUGAGUGAAUGGACAAUAGAAAGGGAGAGGAUAUCUAUUCUGUUCUGUGGGCCCUCAGCAUGACAUGGUACAUUCCGCCCAGGCAGGGCUUUGCAUUUCACAUUCUAGUUUGUAUCCCUGUUCCAGACAAUUACAGUGUAGCAGGAUGAGCCGCAGACAAAACCUCUCAGACACCGAGUUGUAGAAGGAAGGGCUUUAUUCAGCUGGGAGCAUUAGCAAGCUACUGCCUUAAAAUCCAAGCUCCCCAAGUGCACAAUUUCUGUCCCUUUUAAGGGCUCACAACACUAAAGAUUUCAGAUGAAAGGAUCGUGACUGAUUUGAGCAAGCAAGGGAUACAUGAUAGGGGCUGCACGCACUGGUGAUCAGGGAGAAAGAGAACAGGGCAGGGAGUUUCACAAUGUUCUUCUAUACAAUGACUGGAAUCUAUGCAUAACAUCAGCUUCUAAAUCAUAAGUUGAUUUUUAACUACUAGGUUUAGGCCAGGUGGGUCCAGGCCUGGUUUCAGUCCUGGCGCCGGGCUGCCUGUCUUUGGUUUUACUUCCUGUUGUUUUUAUUGAAUAUAAAAAGAAUAUAAAACAAUGUCAGAGGGUCUCUCUCUUCUCUCAAAAGGGCUUUUGUACUAUGCCUCAGACUUUCUGGCGCUUUCGCCUCCAAAACCUGAAAACAGAGACGCUGGGAGCGAGGCUGAGAGAUGCGCAGAUCGCGCCCCGGCCCUGCCCUCUGCCGGUUCUAAAAGGCAAGGUCUCUCCGACUCGCGCCCCGCCUCUACCUCGCCCAGGCCCCGCCUACCUCCCACUUCCCGCCCAGGUCUGGCUUCUGUCCUGCGCGCGCAGAUUAACGCAAACCCGGAAGCGGAUAGGGUGGAGUGUAGGUCAUAUCGACGCGGAGACUGAGGCAAGGGGAUUGCUUGAGUCCAGGAGUUCGAGACCAGCUUGGGCAACAUAGUGAGACCCCCAUCUCUGCCAAAAAAAAGCAGUAGUCCUGGCUGUGCACGGUGGCUCACACUUGUAAUCCCAGCACUUUGGAAGGCUGAUGCGGGCGAAUCACCUGAGAUAUCUCUUCCAAAUGCUUGAUGAAAAAGGUGGGAGGAUCACUUGAGCCAGGGAGUUGAAGGCUGGAGUGAGCCCUGUUUUGCCACCACACUCCAGCUUGGGAUUGAUUUCUAAAGACUCAUGUUACGUGAGGAAGCAGCUCAGAAGAGGAAAGGAAAGGAGCCAAGCAUGGCUCUUCCUCAGGGACGCUUGACUUUCAGGGAUGUGGCUAUAGAAUUCUCAUUGGCAGAGUGGAAAUUCCUGAACCCUGCGCAGAGGGCUUUAUAUAGGGAAGUGAUGUUGGAGAACUACAGGAACCUGGAGGCUGUGGAUAUCUCUUCCAAAUGCAUGAAGAAGGAGGUCUUGUCAACAGGGCAAGGCAAUACAGAAGUAUUCCACACAGGGACAUUGCAAAGACAUGAAAGUCAUCACGUUGGAGAUUUUUGCUUCCAGGAAAUUGAGAAAGAAAUUCAUGACAUUGAGUUUCAGUGUCAAGAAGAUGAAAGAAAUGGCCUUGAAGCAUUCAUGACAAAAAUAAAAAUGUUGACUGGUAGUACAGACCGAGAUGAUCAGAGACAUGCUGGAAACAAACCUAUUAAAGAUAAGCUUGGAUCAAGCUUUUAUUCACAUCUACCUGAACUGCACAUAUUUCAGAUCAAAGGUGAAAUUGGUAAUCAACUUGAGUCUACCAAUGAUGCUCCCUCAGUUUCAAUGUCCCAAAGAAUUUCUUGUAGGCCCCAAACCCAGAUUUCUAAUAACUAUGGGAAUAAUUUCCUGAAUUCUUCAUUACUUACACAAAAAGAAGAAGUACACAUGAGAGAAAAAUCUUUCCCAUGUGAUGAGAGUGGCAAAGCCAUUAAUUGUAGCUCACUCUUAAGGAAACACCAGAUAAUCCAUUUAGGAGACAAGCAAUAUAAAUGUGAUGUAUGUGGUAAGCUCUUUAAUUACAAGCAAUACCUUGCAUGCCAUCGUAGAUGUCACACUGGAGAGAAACCUUACAAGUGUAAUGAGUGUGGCAAGACCUUCAGUCAGGAGUCAUCCCUCACAUGCCAUCAUAGACUUCAUACUGGAGUAAAACCUUACAAUUGUAAUGAGUGUGGCAAGAUCUUUGGUCAAAAUUCAGCCCUUCUAAUUAAUAAGGCAAUUCAUACUGGAGAGAUACCUUACAAGUGUAAUGAAUGUAACAAGGCUUUUAAUCGACAAUCACAAAUUUCACAUCAUAGAAUUCAUACUGGAGAGAAACCUUACAAAUGUGAAGAAUGUGACAAAGUUUUUAGUCGGAAAUCAACCCUUGAGACACAUAAGAGAAUUCAUACUGGAGAGAAACCAUACAAAUGUCAGGUUUGUGACAUAGCUUUCAUGUGGUAUUCACAGCUGGCUCGACAUAGGAGAAUUCACACUGGAGAGAAAACUUACAAGUGUAAUGAGUGUGGCAAGACUUUCAGUCACAAGUCAUCCCUUGUAUGCCAUCAUAGACUUCAUGGUGGAGAGAAAUCGUACAAAUGUAAGGUUUGUGACAAGGCUUUUGUGCGGAGUUCACAACUGGCAAAACAUACUAGAAUUCACUGUGGAGAAAAACCUUACAAGUGUAAUGAAUGUGGGAAGACCUUUGGUCAAAAUUCAGAUCUUUUAAUUCAUAAGUCAGUUCAUACUGGGGAGCAACCUUACAAAUGUGAUGAAUGUGAAAAGGUUUUCAGUCGUAAAUCAACCCUUGAGACACAUAAGAUAAGUCAUACUGGAGAGAAACCAUACAAAUGUAAGGUUUGUGACAAGGCUUUUGCUUGUCAUUCGUAUCUGGCAAAACAUACUAGAAUUCAUAGUGGAGAGAAACCUUACAAGUGUAAUGAGUGCAGCAAGACCUUCAGCCACAGGUCAUACCUUGUAUGCCAUCGUAGAAUUCAUAGUGGUGAGAAACCUUACAAGUGUAAUGAGUGCAGCAAGACCUUCAGUCGCAGGUCAUCCCUUCACUGUCAUCGUAGACUUCAUAGUGGUGAGAAACCUUACAAGUGUAAUGAGUGUGGCAAUACCUUCCGUCACUGGCCAUCCCUUAUAUACCAUCGUAGACUUCAUACUGGAGAGAAAUCUUACAAAUGUACGGUUUGUGACAAGGCUUUCGUGCGUAAUUCACUCCUGUCAAGACAUACCAGAAUUCACACUGCAGAGAAACCUUACAAGUGUAAUGAAUGUGGGAAGGCUUUUAAUCAACAAUCACACCUGUCACGUCAUCAUAGAAUUCAUACUGGAGAGAAACCUUAGAAAUGUAAAGCAUGUGACAAAGUUUCCAGUUGGAAAUCACACCUUAAAGACAUAGGAGAAUUUAUACUGGAGAGAAAGCAUACAAAUGUAAGGUUUCUGACAAGACUUGGGAGUGAUUCACACCUGGAACAACAUACUGGAAUUCACACUGGAGAGAAACCUUACAAGUGUAAUGAGUGUGGCAAAGCCUUUAGUGAGCAGUCAACACUUAUUCACCAUCAGGCAGUUCAUGGUGUAGGGAAACUUGACUAAUGUAAUGAUUGUCACAAAGUCUUCAGUAAUGCUACAACGAUUACAAAUCAUUGGAGAAUCCAUAAUGAAGAGAGAUCUUACAAGUGUAAUAAAUGUGGCAAAUUUUUGAGACAUCAUUUACACAUUGCAAGGUCAUCGGUGAACUCAUACUGGAGAGAAAUCUUACAAAUGUCAUGACUGUGGCAAGGUCUUCAGUCAAGCUUCAUCCUAUGCAAAACAUAGGAGAAUUCAUACAGGAGAGAAACCUCACAAGUUUGAUGACUCUGGCAAAGCCUUUGCUUCACAUUCACACCUCAUUAGACAUCAGAGAAUCCCUACUGGACAGAAAUCUUACAAAUGUCAUCAGUGUGGCAAGGUCUUCAGUCCAAAAUCACUCCAUGCAGAACACUGGAAAAUUCAUUUUUGAGAUAACUGUUCCCAAUGCAAUGAGUAUGGCAAACCAUCAAGCAUUAAUUGACAUUAGAGUCAAUUCAGCAUUGACUUGAGUGUGUGUUGACUUAACGUUGAGUUCAAGCCUUAAUUGACAUUCAAGUGUUUAUGUUAAGAGGAUUGGGCCAGGUGUGGUGGCUCAUGCCUGCAAUCCCAGCACGUUGGGAGGCCAAGGCACAUAGGUCACUUGAGGUCAGGAGUUUGAAACCACCAUGGCCAACAGAUAUGAACCACUUUUCUCAGCCUGUUUUUUGUUUCUUAUUUUCUGUUAUUAUUUUUUUGAGCCAGUACUUUUUAAAGAGAUAGUACUUUUUUGAGUUAGUACUUUUUAAAAGGGAUAAAUCGUAGUAAUUUUUAAAAGGGAUAUGAGGCCAGGCACGGGGGCUCAUGCCUGUAAUCCCAGCACUUUGGGAGGCCGAGGCAGGCAGAUCAAGGGGUCAGAAGAUCGAGACUCUCCUGGCUAACACGGUGAAUCCCCGUCUCUACUAAAAAUAUAAAAAAUUAGCUAGGCGUGGUGGUGGGCGCCUGUAGUCCCAGCUACUCCAGAUGCUGAGGCAGGAGAAUGGCAUGAACCUGGGAGGUGGAGCUUGCAGAGAGUCAAGAUCGCACCACUGCACUCCAGCCUGGGAGACAGAGUGAGGAUCUGUCUCAAAAAAAAAAAAAAGAUAUCAAAGCCACCGUACGUUGUGGCUCAUCCCUGCAAUCAGAGUACCUUGGUAGACCUAUGUGAACUGGUCACCUCAGGUCACAACUUCAAAAGCACUCUGACCAACAUGGUGAAACCCCGUCUCUACUAAAAAUACAAAAAUUAGCUGGGGGUGUUUGUGUGCACCUUUAGUUCCAGCUACUUGGGAGGCUGAGGCAUGAGAAUUGCUUAAACCUGGCAGGUAGAGGUUGCAGUGAACCAAAAUUGUGCCACUCUACUGCAGCCUGGGUGGCAGAGUGAGUCUCCAUCUCAAACAAACAAAAAAUAACAAAAAAAGACACCAAAAAUGAUUUUCUUCUAGUAUAAUAGACUUCCUUUUCUUUCUUUCUGGUUCCUCUUCAUUUCUCUCUUUAUUUUUAUUUAUUUAUUUAUUUAUUUUUUGCAGUUUGAGUUUGAGAUAAAUCUUAUCUCAACUCAAAAAUCUUGAGAUAAAUCUUAGUUAUAAAAUUUUUAUUUCUUAAUACAUAGUGACUUCUGAAAGAUGCCUUUACAGCAUCCUAUAAUCAGCUCACAUCAUUCAUUUCUGUACUUGUAUAUUUUCCAGUUAUUUUCCUGUUUACCCCAGAAUUCAUUAGAUUUUUUUUAAAAACAAUUUCAAAAUAGUUGCUGUUUUAAAUUGGUUGCAUCCAGUUCAUAUCAAGGUCUACAUGCUUUCUAGUCUUUGUUAUUUAUUGAAAACCUUUGGUACCUAAACUUAAGUUUGAUUGUUUCAGUGUGUACUUGGUAAAGAUGUCAGUGGCCUUUUAAUUAAACAUCAAAAUGUACUUUAAGCAGUUAUUCUUUCAGUUUUCUUUCCUUAUGUCAUUUGUUAAAAUCUUGAGCUGGGAGCUGUUUAUUGCAUGUUUCCUUCAAGGCCCUCUGGUUCAUUCUGGAAAAAUGUUGAAACAUGGACUGGAUUGGCAUAGAACGCUCCUCCAAAAGCACCCAUGUAUUCUUUUCUUUUCUUUUUUUUCAAAUGGGAGUCUUGCUCUGUUGCCUUGGAUGGAGUGCAGUGGUGCGAUCUCAGCUCACUGCAACCUCUGCCUCCCUGGAUCAAGUGAUUCUCCUGCCUCAGUCUCCUGAGUAGCUGGAACUACAGGCACCCACCAGCAUGCCUGGCUAAUUUUUGUAUUUUUAGUAGAGACGGGGUUUCACCACGUUUGUCAGGCUGGUCUCAAAUCCUGACCUCGUGAUCCACCUGAAUUGGCCUCCCAAUGUAAUGAGAUUACAGGUGUGAGCCACCGCUCCCAGCCUCGGUAUUUUUAUUUUUUUGUUUUUGGUGUUUUUUUUUUGAGAUGGAGUUUCACUCUUGUUGCUCAGGUUGAACUGCAAUACUGUGAUCUUGUGUCACUACAAUGUCUGCCUCCCGGGUUCAAGUGAUUCUCCUGCCUCAACCUACCGAGUAGUUGGGAUUACAGGUGCCCUCCACCACUCCUGGCUAAGUUUUUGCAUUGUCAGUGGAGACAGGGUUUCACCAUGUUGACCAGGCUGGUCUUGAACCCCUGACUUCAGGUGAUCGGCCCACCUCGACCUCCCAUAGUUCUAGGAUUACAGGUGUGAGCCACCGUGCCUGACCAUUCAUGUAUUCUUGAUUGAAACAAUUUGCUUAUGUCUUAGUUCUGCACCUGACCUUCUUUCACUGUUUCCAAGGUCAAUAGCUGUGUGUUCACAAUUCGGCAUUUUAUAAAUGUUACUGUGAUUUUCUCGUAAGGAAAAAUAAACUGUCAGGAAUGAAUGGCCUCAGAACCUUGCAAAAGAAGUUUCUUUUUUUCUUUUUCUUUUUUUUUUUUUGAGACGGAGUUUCGCUCUUGUCCCCCAGGCUCGAGUGCAGUGGCAUGAUCUUGGCUCACUGCAACCUCUGUCUCCUGGGUUCAAGUGAUUCUCCUGCCUCAGCCUCCCAAGUACCUGGGAUUACAGGCAUGCACUACCAUGUCCAGCUAAUUUUGUAUUUUUAGUAGAAAUGGGGUUUCUCCAUGUUGGUCAGGCUGGCCUCAAACUCCUGACCUCAGGUGAUCACCCGCCUCGGCCUCCCAAAGUGCUGGGAUUACAGGCUUGAGCCACCGUGCCCGGCAAAAGAAGUUUCUUUAGCUCAGGUUUGUGAAAGAGCCUUCUCUAAUUUUCCAGGAUGGGGGUGAUAAGAUCAACCCUUCCCAUUAGCCCUUCCAGGCCCCCAUGUAAUAAUUCAGGCAAACCUCACUCAUCUCAGACCUUCUCAGGGCAACUCGGUGAAAAUUUCUUCCAAUCUGAGCCCCAGUGAGCCUCCUUGCAACUUGGCGAUGAGGGGCUACACCAGAAAAGCUCAACCUGAGUGACUUUGACCCCUGAAAUGAUUGGCAAAAUGGAGUGAAUUUCUCGGUGUGGUUUUUUUGUUUUGUUUUUUUUUUGAGAAGAGUAGUACCCAGUUGCAAUUAGAAUUUUCAAUGGGAUGCAGUGCCCUAAAAAUGAAAAACAAAAGCAGAAGAAUGGAAGAAACAGAGGUGUAGACUCAGAGACCAUCUUCAGGGCCUUUCUUUGUAUGAGGAUACCACAGUGAAAUCUAAAGCAGGUCAUGUCAGUCCCUGGCAGGGAACCCUCCACCAGCUUCCCGUGUUCCCCAGGACAAAAGCCCCACUCCUCACUGUGGUUCCACAGCCGUGUGUCCAGGGCCCCUGCCAGUGUCCAGCCUCUUCCUGGGAGCUUGCCCUCAUCUCAUGACUCUCUCCGCCCCAGUCACAUUUGCUCUUUUCUUUCCCCAAAAAUCAAAACCCUUCCUGUCUCAGGUGGUCGUCCCUGGUUUUACCCUCUGUACCCUGUCCCUUUCUCCUCCUUCAGGUCUAGGUUCAGAGCUGUCGGCCAUGCCCUCCCACCCCCAUCUGUAGUUCCCUUGUCCAUCAGUCUGUAUCACGUUACUCAGGGUUCAUUGUCUCUGCAUCAAUCACAUCAGAAAUGCACUUUUUUUUUUUUUUGAGACAGAGUCACUCUGUUGUUCAACCUAUGAGUGCAGCCUCUUGAUCUUGGCUCACUGCAACCUCUGUCUGCUGGGUUCAAGCAAUUCUUGUGCCUUGGCCUCCCAAGUAGCUGAGAUUACAGGUGUCUGCCACCACACCCAGCUAAUUUUUGUAUUUUAACUUCCAUUUUAUAUUAUUUUUGAGUCUGUCUGUCACCAAGACUGGAGUGUAGUGGCGCGAUCUCGGUUCACUGCAACCUCCACCUCCCAGGUUCAAGCGAUUCUCCUAUCUCAGUCUCCCGAAUAGCAGAGAUUACAUAUGCUUACCAAGCCCAGCUACUUUUUGUGUAUUUAGUAGAGACAGUGUUUCACCGUCUUGGCCAGGCUGGUCUUGAUCUCCUGACCUCAAGUAAUCAGCACACCUCGGCCUUCCAGAGUGCUAGUAUUACAGGCAUGACCCACCAUGCCCAGCCCAUUUUUGUAUUUUUAGUAGAUACAGGGUUUCACCAUGUUGGCCAGGCUGGUCUCAAACUCCUGAGGUCAAGUGAUCCUCCCACCUAUGCCUCCUAAGUAGCUAUGACCACAGACACACAGACCUGCACCACCAUACCUGGCUAAGUUUUUGUAUUUUUGGUAGAGAUGGGGUUUCACCAUGUUGCCCAGGCUGGUCUCAAACUCCUGAGCUCAAGCGAUCUACCCACCACAGCCUCCUAGAGUGCUGGGAUGACAGGCAUGAGCCACCCAACCCAGCCUCUGCAUGGGAUUUCAUCAGGGCUGGGUCUGUGCCCUGAAGGGGAGCUCAUUCCAGCCCUGCUCCCCACUGCUGCAGCAUGUGUGGACUCCUCCAGAAGGGGAGUGGGAGUUUUCCUGUAAGGAGUUUAUAGUCUCUGGUGUGGAGAGCAGCAGGGGGGACCGUAUUUCCUCAGGUUGAGGUCUUUAGUUAGGCCUCUGAGCCCAAGUUAAGCCAUCAUAUCCCCUGUGACCUGCACGUAUACAUCCAGAUAGCCUGAAGCAACUGUGAAAAUAUCCUUAACUGAUGACAUUUCAAUAUCGUGAUUUGUUUCUGCCCUAUCCUGACUGAUCAAUGUGCUUUGCAAUCUCUGCCACCCUUAAGAAGGCUCUUUGUAAUUCUCCCCACCCUUGAGAAUGGACUUUGUGAGAUCCACCCCCUGCCCACAAAACAUUGCUCCUAACUCCACUGCCUAUCCCAAAACCUAUAAGAACUAAUGAUAAUCCCACCAUCUUUUCUGACUGUCUUUUCAGACUCAGCCCAGCUGCACCCAGGUGAAAUAAACAGCCCCGUUGCUCACACAAAGUAUGUUUGGUGGCCUCUUCCCACGGACGUGCUUGAUACUUCACGUGUGUGGUUGUGCUCCAGGGAGGGGGUGUGCUGAUUCUGAGCAAUAAACAACAUAUUUCUAACAUUCAGGAUUGAGUUCUAAACACUCUUGGUACAUGAGGAAGAAACCCAGAAGAGGAAGAGGAAAGCAAAGGGGUCAGGGAUGGCUCUUCCUCAGGUGAGAUGAUAUUCUUGGUGGAUUGUUCUGUCUCCUUCCUUUCAGCAACGCUGGGCCUUGGAGUUGGGAAUCUUCUCUGAGUCUGAAGCUUCCUGCCUGACACGUUUACUCACACUCACCCAUGCCUUCCCUCAGUCCCUCUCAUCUCACUUAGAUUCUAUCUCUUGUGACCAAGUAACAUGAACUUGGGAAGAGGCUGCACUGGGCAUGGUCCUGGGAAGGGGUCACACCCAGACAUGGAUGGAGAUGGGGUGUGGGUCCCGUGGUGUCAGUGCUGUUGGGCAGCAGGGAUUGUUCAGGGGCCACAUGUGGAUGCACUGUCAGCUCCCUGUGGACCAGGAUUAGAGCAGCUGCCAAUGGAAGUCAAGUAUUAAUGUGCACGAAGUACAUGGUAAAUUCUAGAAAAGGAAACCAAUAAGGGAAAAUCUUUUCUCCCUGAUUUCAUACUAUGUUUUUAGGUAAUUGAGUGAGUUACUGUGUUUCUGACUCCAAAAAUCUUACUAAUAAGAAUGGAAAGUUCAUACACAGACAUGAAUGACAUAAGGUGUUUUAUUCCAUCAUCACUUUAAGAAUAGCAAAUCAACCUAAAUAAUAGCAGGAGAUUCAUUAAACCAUUCUUAGCACAUUAAGCUCAUGGAGACUGUGGUGUUAUUGUGGAGAGGCUUGUGAAACAGAUGUUUUCGGUAAAAAUGGUUACAAUUUAUUUUUUGAGAUGGAGUCAGCCUCUGCCACCCAAGCUGGAGUGCAGUGACAUGAUCUCAGUUUACUGCAACCUCUGCCUCCUGGGUUCAAGUGAUUCUCCUGCCUCAGCCUCCCGAGUAGCUGGGGUUAUAGGCAUGUGCCACCAUGCCCGGCUAAUUUUUUUGUAUUUUUAGUAGAGAUGGCAUUUCACCAUGUUGGCCAGGGUGGCCUCAAAGUUCUGACCUCAGGUUAUCCACCCACCUCAGCCUCCCAGAGUGCAGGGAUUACAGUCAUGAGCCACCGUGCUCAGCUCCACCAAUGUUUAUUAAAUAUAUAUUUUGAUAUUUAAACAUC